AUGCCUGCCUCCGUUACGUCUACCACCGCGAGCAACUGGGACCUGGAAAGGGAGGACAAGCAGCGAGAUGCUGCCUUUAACAAAGUCCUGCAUGGCAAGUCUGCGCAGGCUCGUGGAGGUCUAGCUGCCAUGCGUAAUAAGGACGCGGCUGCUAAGAAAGAAGCGGUCGAGGAAUACUUCAAGCAUUGGGACAACAAGGUCGCUGCCACCGAGACUGAGGAUAUCCGGAGGCAACGCAGAGACGAAUAUGCCACUCUUACCCGACACUACUACAAUUUGGCUACCGAUCUAUAUGAGUACGGCUGGGGCACCUCCUUCCACUUCUGCCGCUUUGCCCACCGGGAGCCCUUCUACCAAGCCAUUGCUCGGCACGAACACUACCUUGCUCUGAAGAUGAAUAUCCAAGAAGACAUGAAGGUUCUUGACGUCGGGUGCGGCGUUGGUGGCCCUGCUCGUGAGAUCAUCAAGUUCACCGGCGCCAACGUCAUGGGCAUCAACAAUAACGACUACCAAAUUGAGCGAUCUCUGUACUAUGCUCAGAAAGAGGGCCUUGCCCACAAAUGGGGUGCCACGAAGGCGGACUUCAUGCAGAUGGACCUGCCCGAGAACUCAUUCGACGCGGUCUACGCUAUCGAGGCUACCGUCCACGCUCCCAACUUGCAGGGUGUCUACGAGCAAAUCUUCAGGGUUUUGAAGCCUGGCGGCACGUUUGGAGUCUACGAAUGGCUCAUGACCGACAACUACGACAACGACAACCCUGAACACCGUGAGAUCAGACUAGGUAUUGAGCAGGGCGACGGUAUCUCCAAUAUGGUCAAGGUUUCUGAAGGUCUCGAGGCCAUCAAAGCUGCUGGCUUCGAACUCGAGUACCAUGAGGAUCUCGCUGAUCGUCCUGACGAAGUUCCGUGGUACUAUCCUCUUGCUGGUAAUUGGAAGUAUCUUUCCGGCAUUGGUGAUAUCUUCACCAUUGCUCGCAUGACCUGGUGGGGUCGUGGCCUGGUCCACAGGUUUAUUGGCGUUGGUGAGACUCUGAGGCUGAUGCCCCGUGGCACGCAAAAGACAGCCGAUAGUCUGGCCCUGGCAGCUGACUGCUUGGUUAAGGGCGGCCAGAAGAAGCUGUUCACGCCCAUGUACAUGAUGAUUGCAAAGAAGCCCAAAGCUUAG